ACUCAAUUAACAUUAAGAACUUUUCAUACCUGCGGAGGCUUUGAGUUAAUUUUCCCUAAAAAUUAUCUUAACAAAGAUAAUAAAUUUAUGGACUUGGUCCACUUUUAGGCCCAUAUAAAGAUCGUUGACUCGGUAAUAGACUCUUCUCUAAUUGCAAAAUUUAUGAUCGAGAGCAUGUUUAACUCACUGGAUGGUCUACUUUGGUUUGUCAAGUUAUCCACGACCAUCCUUUCUCAAAAUUGCUUAGGUCACCACCCAAAACAUCGCAUUAAAGCGCCGCCCGCUCCGCUCUCGCAGCCCAUUUCGCCAACCACCACUUCAUUGAUAUUAUCCCUUUCACUAUGUUCCAACCAUUAGUACUUCGAGAUGUUCCAUCUGAAAUCCAAGAAGACUGCGCAGAAAGUCAACAGUUCCAAUCCCAAGAGAUCCAGCAACAAAUUUACAAUCUCCUUUCAAUCAACUCCACCAUAGUAAUCAGGCAAUUCCCCUCCCAAGGCCUCUCGUUCCAGCUUUGGCCUGCCGCCACCACUUUAGUCACCCUCCUCGAUCGCCACCACCCCCGCAUCACCACACCUCUCUCCGCCGUCUUCAACGGCAGCGGCGCAACCCAACACCGCCCAAUCCGCAUUCUUGAACUGGGCUCAGGCACUGGUGUAGUUGGCAUCGCAGCAGCUGCCAUACUUGGUGGAAAUGUCACUGUCACGGACCUACCUCACGUACUGCCCAACAUUCUGUUCAACGUCAACGCCAACGCCGAAAUGUUGAAGCACCACGGCGGUGCAGUCGAAGUGGCGGCGCUUUCUUGGGGUGACACUCAUAACAUGGAGGCUAUAGGAAGAGAGAUUGAUUUGAUAAUGGGGUCUGAUUUAGUGUACCAUGAUCAUCUCUAUGAGCCUCUGCUUGAGACCCUCAAAUUCUUUUUGUCAAGAAGUGAGAAAAGGAUUGCGUUUUUGAUGGCUCAUGAGAAGAGAUGGAAGAAGGAAUCUGCAUUCUUCAAGAAGGCUAAGAAGUCUUUCGAUGUUGAGAUUAUACACAAUGAUGAACCCUCCAAUGGAUCUAGAGUUGGAGUGGUGGUUUAUCAAUUUGUAGGGAAGUUUGGUGCAAAACUAAAACCCGAAAUUGGCCGACCUUUAACAAUGUAAGAAUUUGAACCGUCAUUAAUUUUGCCAAACAUGGUUUUUAAUUACUAAUUUGCAUACAUUUUA